GUGGGGGCUAGGGCGAUAUCCGGAUGACCAUGCCAUGUGUCGCUCGCGGGGUUUGGCAUGGAAGGUCGGUGGCCAGUGGAUGGAGCGAUGCGCAUAUUCGAUUUCGCCGCGUCCAACGCAGAUGGGGGUCUCGGACACUGUGCGCCGCCAGGUCGUCAACUUCACGUAUGGCCAGGUGAUCUCGAUCUUACUCGUGUGCACGAGCAUCUUCACCAACAAGCUCCAGCGCAACGAUGCGCUCGUGAUCACGUUCAGCACGACCUUCUUGUACGUGCUGCUCGCGGCCGUGUUCGUCCCGUACUUUUACGUGCACCGGUGCGCGUCGGUAAACUUGCCGUGGUGGUUCUGGCUCGUGUUUGGGCUCAUCGACGUCGAAGCCAACUACUGGGCUGUGUCGGCGUUCUCGGAAGAUGUCAACUACGCGAUCCUCGGCCUCAUCCUGCACAUGACGAUCCCGGUCGUGACCGUCCUCAGUUAUUUCUUCAUGGGGAAGCGAUACAACUGGUUUCACGUGGUCGGGUGUGUGUUUGCCAUCGGCGGCAUCGUUGUCAUCUUUUGCGUCAACAACGAAGGCGGCGAAUUCCCCAACCAAAUGAAGGGCAACUUGAAGUCGCUCUUGGCCGCGGGGCUGUACGCGCUGUCCAACUUGCUCCAGGAGUACGCGGUGAAGCGCAACAACGUGGGCAUGGACGCCAACGUCGAAGUGCUCGGCAAGAUGGGCGUCACAGCCACGAUCGUGUCGUUGGUUCAAAUGGCCAUCAUCAGCGAGUACUCAAAAGUGUCGGAUGUCGAGUGGUCUGCCGAGAACGUCGGGUGGAAUGCCGGCUACGUUGUCACGAUGUUCAUCUUUUACGCGACCGUGUCCGUGUUCCUCCGUGUCACCGAGUCGCUCCUCUUCAACAUCUCGCUCCUCACGUCCGACUUGUACAGCGCGCUGACCAUGAUGUGGGUGUUUGAUGGGACGGUCCCGGGCUUGUACUGGCUCGCGUGGGGGUUGGAAUGCGUCGGAAUCACGAUCUACUCGGUGCACGAACCCGUGGAUCUGACCAAAGCCGCAGAACCUGUCAGCGACAUUCCCGUCGCCGUGGUCGUGAGCACGCCCGUCGACACAGAAGUGACGUACCACAAGGUGUAACCUGCCGCAGUCGUUUGAAUCCGUCCUGCUCUGUUGCGCCGUGGGCCUGUAACGUCACCGACGCAAUACGAAAUGUGUCUUUUU